GAAAGAAAGUAUAGAGACCAAAGAGUUUGUGAAAAUGUUGCAAACUUCGUCAUGGUUUCAAACAACGCCGUUCCGAUGAAGUUAGAAAGUUCUGACAGAAGAUAUGUAGUUGUCAGAACGUCAGAAGCUCAUAUGCAAGAUACAGAAUAUUUUGACGACUUAGCAGAAACUUUGACACCUAACUUUUACAACCACUUGUUCUCAUAUUUCAUGACAUUAGAUAUUUCUAAGUUCAAUCCAAGACAAAUUCCACAUACCGAAGAGAGACAAACAUUGUUAGAAGCAAACAAGAGUGUAUAUGAACUGUUUAUAGAUGAGACUGACUUUGAGUGUUUAGAUGAAAGGUCAUUGUACGAUUCGUAUAAACAGUAUUGUCAAGAAUAUGGUUAUAUGACAGCGUCUAAACGAACAUUCUUGGCAAAUGUCAAAAGUCUUUUAGACGUACAGAAUGGUGUAUAUACAAAGAAAAAUUUUUCUGAGUAA